AUGUACUUUUUGUUUGUGAACAUGGCGGCGUCGUGUUUCCUUGUGCUCGUUGCUCUUUUACUUGUUGGUAAAUCGUCAACUGUCCAUUACGAGCCGACAUGGGAUUCGCUGGAUUCUCGACCCCUUCCAGGCUGGUAUGAUGAUGCAAAACUUGGUAUUUUCAUUCACUGGGGGGUGUUCUCCGUGCCCAGUUUCUCCUCGGAAUGGUUUUGGUAUGAUUGGAAAGAGAGAGGUCUCCCAGGCAUCGUUGAUUUCAUGCAGAAGAACUACCCACCCGACUUCACCUAUGCUGACUUUGCGCCGGAGUUCAGAUCAGAGUUCUUUAGUCCUGUGGAAUGGGCGGGCCUAUUCAAGGAAUCUGGAGCGAAAUACGUCGUGUUGACCAGUAAGCACCAUGAAGGUUUUACCAACUGGCCAUCCAAAUAUUCCUUUAACUGGAAUUCUAAUGAUACUGGUCCAAACAGAGAUCUUGUUGGUGACUUAGCAGAUGCUGUCAGAGACUACUCACUGAAGUUUGGGCUGUAUCACUCCUUGUUUGAGUGGUUUAAUCCAUUGUACAAGAGUGAUGAAGCUAGUGGCUUUAAAACUCAGAACUUUGUAAAUUCCAAGACAAUGCCGGAGCUGUAUGAGAUUGUCCAGAAGUACAAGCCUGAUGUGGUGUGGUCAGAUGGAGAUGCAAAUGCCCCCGCUGAGUACUGGACAUCACAGGAAUUCUUGGCCUGGCUUUAUAAUGAAAGCCCAGUGAAGGACUCGGUGGUGGUCAAUGACAGAUGGGGGAGGAACAUUUCCUGUCACCAUGGAGGUUUCUUUACUUGUGCUGACAGGUACAACCCAGGAAAACUACAAACCCACAAAUGGGAAAAUGCCAUGACAAUCGAUCACUACUCCUGGGGUUACCGUAGAAACGCGCCACUCAGUAACUACUUGUCGAUUGAGGAUUUAAUCCAGACUUUUGUGACCACUGUCAGCUGUGGAGGGAAUAUGUUGAUGAACGUAGGUCCCACUAGCUAUGGGAGAAUCGUGCCGAUCAUGGAGGAGAGGCUGAAACAAAUGGGGGAGUGGCUGAAUGUGAAUGGUGAUGCUAUUUAUGGAACAAGAACUUGGUCACACCAGAAUGACACUGUCACUAAGAAUGUGUGGUACACAAAAAAGAAAUCAUCUUCAGGAUACACAGUUUACGCCAUUCUCCUUCAGUGGCCAAAAGCAGGAACUUUUACCCUUGGGGCACCCCAAACAACAACAGCAACUGUAGUAUCUCUUCUGGGUUACCAGGGCAACUUUAGCUGGAAUAAGGGUGCAACAGGGGGCAUUGACAUUAAGAUACCUCAGAUUGCAUGGAAUUUAAUGCCAUGUAAAUGGGCCUGGGUUUUGAAGUUAGAAGGAAUAGGAAAUUAGCUUAAGGUAGACCUAUUUAUUUUUAUGAGAGAUUAUGAUAAAGUGCAUCAAUGAUUAUUCAUCAGACUGAGUAUGUAUUUACAUUUCCAAUGUUUUUUGCCUUUGAUAAUCUUUACAAGUUGUAAUGAUAGCCAUUUCCUUAUGAAUAUGCUGCAGUUGUGAACAAUGGGCGUGUGAAUCUUGAUAAUUAUAGUAUGUUUACUUUAACGGCUGGGAAUUCUGACAGAUAUGAAGGUAUAAUGUACAUCGUCAUUGGAGACCCAUGGUUAAUUAUAAUACACUUUGUUCUUCUCUCCAUCACAUGGUGGUGACAGGAACGAGUGGGAAUCCGAUGACAAGUGUUAAUAUAAAUUUGAAUUUCAUUUUAGAAAGUACAUGAGGGUAUGAGCUGCAACGCUCCACACAGCCAUACUUCAUCAAGCAUGUUAGCGCAUCACGAAAAGUAUGCUGGCGUGAAGCAUCACAUUUCCUACCCUCAUGUAUUUUCAAAAAUAAAAUUUAUUUCUUAAUUGUAGUAAUUAUUUACAAGAAUUUGUGCAGUGUUUUGUGAAACCUGUUUUUACAUGUAUAAUUAUACUAUAAAUCAAUGUGCUUUCUCGUGCAGGAAUCACGAGCACCACUUUUUCAUGAAUAUUUAUUGCCACGAGUCAGUCGUUUUGUUUAUGCAUUAAGGUUUUAUUUGUCGGCCCACAUGAAUACAUAUUUUACUCACAGUGAAUGUAUUUCUCCUCACCAAUUUUUAAAUAAACCUUGGUUUGCAGUAAAAGUAUUUUUACAAAAUGUACAUUCCUUGACAACUUGUAUCCAUAGAAACUGUGAUAUUUUAUUGUAAAAAUCAUCCUGAUUCAGAAGAUGAAUUCCUAUGAUGUUUUGCUCACAUUCUUGAUAAAUACACAGUAUGUAUAUGGUAUAAUUAUGUGUGGACAUGUACUAUGCAUGAACAUUUACUGUACUACAAGAAGAUGCAUGUAUAUACAAUAUAUUUUCAGUUUGUACAGGAGCUGUGAGCUUGGAAGUCUUGGAAUCAAAGAUUUUUAUGAUUAUUUUUUUUCUACUAUAACUUUAAGUACAAUUAUAUAGUUUUUUAGGUCAGGUGACCUAGUUGUUAGGAUCUCUCUCUGUCAAAUUUGAUGCAUCAGCUGCCAUCCUUUGACGUUUGAACAUUUUUACUUCCUUUAAAGCACAAUAGGGUCAAGUUUUACCAAAAUUGUUGUGUAGCAUCUUGGAGGUAGGGGAACCAACCAAAGUUGAGCUAAAAUGCAUGCAUAUGGUUCCCUCUUCCUUGGAGUCUUUGGGUUUGGGCCAAACCUUAUAAAAUUAUUGUAAUCUGUAAGAAAUCUGAUCUCUUCUUUUGUGCUGAAAUGUUUUGAUACUGAAAUUAUUCGUGGCAUACAAGGUGUUUCACUCUGACACACUAAUAAGUUGAUAAUGUAAUCAUCAAUUGGUGCUUCUAUCAUGUACAUUAAUUGAGUUUUAGUGCAACCAUAAAUUAGGACUUUUUCUUCAACACCAAAGGCAUUUGACGCAAGUCUCAUUAAAGUACUCAUUUGAAAAUCAUUUUACGUUGUAGAUUUCUUAGUAUUCAGUAAAAUUUCCUUAAGUAGUCAUAAAGAUGAUUUUCUAAAUGUUGAUUCAGUCUGAAUUGUCAUUUAAAAGUAGUGUUUUCUGUUUUUUCCUUCAAGAAUUCAAAUUAUUGGUGUGUAUUGUAAAAUCCCUUUGACAUUUAUAUUAACAUGGUUGGGGGGAGGAUUAAUUGUAAAAAUUGUUAGUUGAGCUGGAGUAUUGGUCCAGGAACUGAUAAUGAGGAAGGAGGAUCACAAAAUUUAUAGAAAAUCAAUUCUCUUCAUUUUGAAAUCAGGAAAUAUAGAGUUACAUGUUGCUUUUUCAGAAUAUCUUUCAUUGAUUAGGUAUUGGAAGAAAUACUCAGAGAAACAUAAGAUACAAUCAUUAUGUAUGUGAAAGUGAUUUAUAAUUUGUGAUUUGGUUUAGUAAGCAUAGAUUGCUGUUUUCUUUUUUCUUUUUUUUUUUGUACAAUGAUUAGCUUUAAAUAGUAUCAUUCAUUGCAUGUUUGCACUGCAAUAUGUUUUCAGAAUUUUGUUUUUUCUCCACAUUUUCAUUAAAUUCUAUAAUAUGUCAGAUUUGUAACUCAUUAUAUCUAUCUUUAUAUUUUUAGAAGUUGAUGAAUUGAAAUAAAUGUUCUUUGCCCUCACAAAUUGAUUUCAAAAAUAAAUUUAUAUAUACUGUG